AUGGAUAGGAUUCUAAGCUGGAAUGUCAGGGGGAUCAAUAAACGUCACAAACAGGAAGAGGUUAAGAGAUUGCUAUUUUCCUUGAAGUUGGGUUUAGUUGGUCUCCUUGAAACUAAAAUACAGGCUCAUAAUCUGGGGCCUGUAUAUGUUAAUAUGUUUGCGGGUUGGUGUUUCUCAACAAAUAAUGCAUGGCACAAAGGAGGUCAAAUUAUGUUGAGUUGGAAUCCGAGAAUGUUUAUAGUCAAUAUUCUGAAAUGCACUAGUCAGUUAAUGCAUUUAGACGUUAUUUCAUUGGCUAGUAAGGAACAAUUUUUGGUUACAUAUGUAUAUGCUAUGAAUGAAGAAAAUGGUAGAGCUAUUCUUUGGACAGAUUUAAAAGAUAUUGCAGACAAGGUGAAUGGUCCAUGGCUCAUUUUAGGGGACUUUAAUGAUAUACUUAGUUUUGAAGAGAGAAUAAGUGGAACUAAGAGGCAAAAAUGUUCAGGGGCAUUUAAAAAUUGUGUGGAAUACUGUAAGGUGGGAGAUGUUAAAUUCACAGGUUCUUUUUUCACUUGGAAUAACAAACAAGAUUUAGCUACUCGGAUCUAUUUUAAAAUAGAUAGGUUUGUUGCGGAAGGGAAAAAACCUUUUAGGUACUUUAGAAUGUGGCAAAAAGUUCUAGAUUUUAAGAAGAGGUUGGAAAGGAAUUGGUUGGUCAAAGAUGGUGGAGCACCAAUGUUUCAGCUUAUUCAGAAGCUAAAAAGAGUAAAGCAAAUAUUAAAGGACAUUAACAAGAGUGAGAUUGGGGAUAUUCAAGCAGCUCAUGCUCGGAGUUAUCAAGCUCUCAUGGAUUUCCAAGAAGAUUUAAUUCAUAAACCACUUGAAUAUGAUCUUAUCUCUAAGGAAAACGAGGCCAGAGCAACAUACAAAGAAAUAAAUGCAACUUAUCUCUCAUUUCUUCAACAAAAAGCUAAGUUUCAUUGGAUGAAGGAUGGUGAUGAUAAUACCUCUUUUUUUCACACUAGUAUACGACAUAGAAGGGUUGUGAAUAGGAUUUAUUCAAUCAAGGAUACAGAUGGUGUUUGGGUAGAUAAACCAGAUCAAGUGAUUGUAGCAUUUCUGAAAUUUUAUUACAGGCUCUUGGGAAGUAAAAUGGAUGGAAGGAAAUCAGUGUUGCCUCAAGUUAUUAAUCAAGGUCCGAAAAUCACAAAAGAUCAAAUGAGUUUAUUAACAUCAGAGUUUUCCAAUGAAGAAGUGAAAGCAGCUGUUUUUGGGAUUCCUGGCAAUAAGUCUCCGGGUUUAGAUGGAUUCAGCAGCUUUUUCUUUCAAGACAACUGGGAGGUGGUAGGCAAUUCAGUCUAUGAAGCAGUUAAAUCAUUUUUGCAUACAGGAAGACUACUGAAAGAGAUUAAUUCUACAACUAUAACUUUGAUUCCUAAAGGAAAAUACCCAGAAAAUGUUAUGAACUUUCGGCCCAUAGCUUGUUGUAAUGUUGUCUACAAAGCUGCAACCAAGUAUAUUUGUUCUAGAUUGAGGAUGGUACUUCCGGACCUUAUAGUUCAAAAUCAAAUUGGAUUUUUUCAAGGGAGGUAUAUAACAUAUAACAUAAUGAUAUGUCAAGAUUUGAUUAGGCAUUAUGGAAGGAGCAACUCCAAACUGAAAUGCAUGAUUAAGCUAGAUUUGAGGAAGGCAUAUGAUACCAUUGAGUGGGAUUCUCUUGAGGAAAUGCUAUAUGCUUUCGAUUUUCCUGAUGAUUUUAUUAAGUUGGUUAUGAUUUGUGUGAGGACCCCAAGAUUUAGUCUCAUGUUUAAUGGGUCAUUACAUGGUUUCUUUGCAGCUAAAAGAGGUCUAAGGCAGGGGGAUCCAUUAUCUCCUUUACUAUUUGUAUUAGGGAUGAAAUAUUUAUCCCGGAUUAUGCUGAAAAUUGGCAAGAUAGAAGGUUUUAAGUUUCAUGAUAGAUGCAGACCUCUCAAACUAAAUCAUCUCUGUUUUGCAGAUGAUGUUUUGUUGUUCUGUCAUGGGGACUUUAAAUCGAUUUAUUUGAUGCUAAGAGGAAUGAAAUUGUUCUCCCAAACAUCUGGAUUGCAACCAAAUGCCACGAAAUCAGCUUUGUAUUGCAGUAAUAUGAAUGACUUGGAGGUACAAAGAGUAAUCGAUUCUUCUGGUUUUACAAGACAACAUUUACCAUUUAGAUACUUGGGGAUACCUAUAUGUGCAAAGCGAAUCUCAGCAGUGCUGAUGGCAAUUCAUACCUACUGGGCUCAGAUAAUGAUUCUCCCUAAAAAGGUUUUGCAUCAAGUAAAUACAAUUCGCAGGAACUUUUUAUGGAAAGGCUUGGUUGAGUCUAGUAAUUCAGGGCAGGUUUCUUGGGAUGAUAUAUGUAAAACCAAGGCUGAAGGAGGUUUGGGCUUUAGAAGGAUCAAUGAGUGGAAUGAAGCAGCUAUUGAAUGGUGGGUCUAUAAAGCCCCGAGUAUCAGCAGCUGGUAUUGGAAGCAGAUUGUCAAAGUUAAGGAGAAAUACAAGGACUUGAAUAUGACUCAUAUUUGCUCUAAUGGGGAUUAUAAGAUUGCUGGGGGAUACAAAUAUCUUGUUACAACACACCAAAAGGUUACAAUUGAAGGAUAG